AUGGGUUAAAAUUAGAACUAGACUGACAUUGCAUUGGAGUCUGAGAGUUCUAAAUGGUUUUGGUAAUACAGACAAGAUUUGUAAUUUGUCUCUGCUCUUGUCCAGAAAGCAAUGAGUCACAGAAAAUCCUUGAAAACACCAAAUAAUUGAGAUUCCUGGGACUGCAUUUGAACAUGUAAAGGAUCAUGGCUGAAACUGCAGUUUGCCUUGGCACAUUCACUGCUGUGAAGACACUUUGGGAAGUGAGAAUACACAAGAUAAAUGAAGAAUUACAGAAAGAAAAGGAACUCAGGCAGAGGUCUGCAGGAAGGCUACUGCUUGUCUGGGAGGAAAGAGCUGCUUUGGCAAAGCUCAAAGAAAGAGUUAUUAAUGAAGGUGGAAGAGCAAUUUUAAGGAUAGAGGAAGAAGAAUGGAAGACACUACCUUCGUGCUUAUUGAAACUAGUCCAUCUCCAGGAAUGGCAGCUUCAUAGAACUAGUCUGCAGAAAAUUCCUCAAUUUAUUGGAAGAUUUCAGAGUCUUGUUGUUCUGGAUCUAUCCCGGAACUCAAUUGAAAGUGUACCUAAGGAAAUUGGCCAGCUGACCAGCCUCCAAGAGCUGCUUCUCAGUUACAACAGAAUAAAGUCUGUUCCAAAGGAAAUAAGUAACUGCAUCAGUCUGGAAAGAUUGGAACUGGCUGUCAACAGGAAUAUCUGUGAUCUUCCUCCUCAGCUCAGUGAUUUAAAGAAGCUUUCACACAUAGAUUUGUGCAUGAAUCAGUUUACUACCAUCCCUUCAGCUCUCCUCAACAUGCCACAUCUAGAAUGGUUAGAUAUGGGGGGAAAUAAACUCCAGGAGCUUCCUGAUGCAAUUGACAGAAUGGAAAAUCUCCACACUUUAUGGCUCCAAAGGAAUGAGAUAAACUCUUUGCCAGAAACCAUUUGUAAUAUGAAAAAUCUUAGUACUCUUGUUCUUAGCAACAACAAGCUUAAGGAUAUUCCAGCUUGUAUGAAGGAUAUGACAAAUCUGAGAUUUGUCAACUUCAGAGACAACCCACUGGAGCUAGAGGUAACCCUCCCUCCGUGUGAGGAUACAGAGGAGGAGGAGCAGCAGGAAAUGUUCGGCAUUGACUUCAUGCACAUCUAUAUCCAGGAGUCCCUCAAGAAAACAGGAAAUCUGGAAAGUUGUACUUCUGAUCCUCCUCCGAUCAUAAAUCCUAAUGAAUAAAGAAUGUAACUGAGAAUGGAAGACAAUACCAAGUAUACUUCUUCCCAGCAAAGAGGCCUACAACAGGUGUCAAAUAUUCUUAGGGAUUUUAUUUUUCCACUGAUGAGAACUGGUUUGCAUAUGUGUAAUUCCCAGUGACACUGGGAAAUAUAAGACCUUUUCCUGGGUACAGGAAAGACUAAAACAUUUUUUUUGGUAAACACUGAAUUAGCUUUUUAAAAAAAUCCAGAUAAGUUUUUUAGGUUUUUUUUUCCCUAACAAUUCCAAAUUAUCUCCUGUCAUGUAGUUGGCUCUGUUAUCAAAAAUGGACUUGGGACAGCUGUCAACAGGACAUUCUCCAAGGAUACAGCAGACUCUGUGUAAUACUGUAGUGCAGCCUUGUAUCCUUGUUGUUGUAAAUAUUCAAUCCGUCCGUGAUCAAUCAGCCGUUUACAGAGGCAACCUAUCUCCUUUCGUUCUUCAACAGUAAGUAUCCUAGUGAAUAAAAGGGAGGAAAAGAAUGAACAUCUGUCAGAGGAAUAGUUUGGUUAGUUAACAUUAGUAGUUAAGCUUAGAGAAACUACUGAAAUCACUGUAAGUUCAUUUCAGUCAGGCAACUGUGACUGUUGGUAUAUUUUGAAAUGUACAUCCAUAAAACCUGUAUUUUUAAAGUAAAGUAUUUCUGUAAGUUCA